AUACUGCAAUUGCGUUCCGUUUUAUAAUCUUGAAGCAGUUGGAAAGCGCACGAAAUUAAAACGGAACGAUAGCCGUAGUACACUUUAUUACGUCAUAGCAUGAGCACUCGGAGUGAAUAAAGAAACGCACCCUGUAUUUUCACGACAUGCGCUUGCAGCUUACUUCACACUUCACACGAGUCCGAGAGGAGCGCAGGUCAAUAUGGCGGUUAUGAUUACGAACGUACGAUGAGAAACCACGCGCACUUUCGCGUGUACGUUCAUUGAAGCAACGUUAUCAGAUGUUGGAGGAUGAGGAUGACACCGGUCACUGUUGACGAUCGUUGAUACUUGAUAUUGAUUUUUUGACGUCGCUUGGAUCCAUGCUAGAUAAGAGAAAAAAAGAAAAAGAGAUAACAAAUGAGUUGGUAUGAGUUUGGCAUUUCGUUAGGCGAUAUUGAGAAUACUUUGUUCAAGAAUAACCUAAUUUGAAUAUAGCGUGGAGCAUAGAUAAGGUCGAUAAUUAAGAUGAUCGUGAAAAUAACGAGGAAGUUGCGUCACAAAUAGGUUUUUUAAUAACUGCGUGAAGAUUAGACGAUGACUGGUAGCUGAUUAGCGUUAUUAUAGUUAAUGAACGCUUCAUAUUGUGUUCGUCGACGAGUACUGAUCGGCAAGUCUGGCAGAAGCGUUUGACGAGGAAGACAGUCGAGAAUAGAUUAUACGUUUACUCGCGUCUUUGCAUGAAUAGUAUUUGAAGUACAAUGUCUUGGAUAAGAGAACGGACUUUAAACUGGUUCCAAACAUUGGCCUUAAAGAUUAUUAAGACCGGCCAGUUGCCAAAACAUGUGGCAUUCAUCAUGGAUGGCAACAGACGUUAUGCAAAUAAACAAAACGUGGCAAAGGCAGAGGGACAUAUAAGAGGAUUCGAUAAACUAGCUGAGACAUUGAGUUGGUGCAUGGAUCUUGGUAUUCCAGAGGUGACAGUUUAUGCUUUUAGCAUAGAGAACUUUAAACGCAGUAAAGAAGAAGUCAAUACACUUUUACAACUUGCCAGGGAAAAGUUCAAGCGUCUUUUGGAUGAGAAGGAGAAGCUGAUGGAACAUGGAGUAUGUAUUCGUGUAAUUGGCAAUUUGUCUAUGCUUCCAGAAGACAUUUGCAAAUUAAUUGCAGAAGCUAUGAUUAUUACUAAGGACAAUAACAAAGCAUUUUUAAAUGUUGCUUUUGCUUAUACAUCAAAGGAUGAAAUUACUCAUGCAAUUAAAGAUAUAGCAAUGGGUGUAAAAUGUACUGAUAUCUUACCAGAAGAUAUUAAUGAAAAGCUGAUUUCCGACUGUUUAUACACUUACAAGUCUCCAAAUCCAGAUUUAUUGAUUCGUACUUCCGGAGAAGUUCGACUUAGCGAUUUCCUUAUGUGGCAAAUUUCCAACACUUGUAUUUACUUUAGCAAUGCCUUAUGGCCUGAAUUUAAUCUAUUGGAUUUUAUUAGUGCAAUAUUUUAUUAUCAAAGAUGUUAUCCUGACUUACAAAGAGUUGCGAAAAUGCAAAAUUCCAAACAAAUUGAACAUAAUAGAGUAUCUAUGUAUGUUAAUAAGUUGUAUCAAAAACGUCAAAUUGAAAUUGAAAACAUGUAUCUGCUAACGGCAUAAUCCCAAAAACAAACGAAUGUGAUAGUUUAAAGUUAAAUAAUAAUAUUACAAUAAGUAUCAGUGAAAUAUACUGAAAAUCUGUUGUUUGGAUUUUGCUUCAAAUCAAUUUUUCAUUAUUAUUGUUUGUUUAUCAUUUCUAUCUCAGAUAAUCUUGAUCUAUUUUAUAAAUUUAUUAAUUAAAUUAUAAUAUCAACAUUGUAUAUCAACUAAAUCUUGUAUAUCAACAAAAUUUAUGUCAAUAAUAAAUUUAUGGAUAUAUAUA